GAAACAAAUCAAUUACUGUCUUGACCUACCUAUAUAUCAGUCAAUCAGUCAACAACUCAAAUCAAUCAAAUCAACCACUCAAUCUGUAAACACCUACAGACAACAUCCACCUACAAUCUCAACCACAAUGAACUCUUCACCACAAACCACAAUGAGCUCUUCACCACCACAAACCCCAACCAAAACCCAACAAUCCCAGCCCUUCCACCCCCAAGACUCCUCCCCCGCCUGCCAGUCCGCCAUCCGCCACUCCUCCACCUGGAAGCCCAGCUCGCUUAAUCGUCGUCUUAGCUGGAACAACCAGGACCAGAAGCACGAGCUGCAGAUGAGCGGCAUUGAUGGCGUGAGGUCGGGCGAGCAGGGCUUUACGGAGAGGGGUUGAAGUCAAAUAACUACAACACAAAAAAAAAACAAGAAAAAAAAAAACAUGGAGAAAAAAGAAGUUACUUCUUUGUAUGGAAUCUGGGAAAAUGGGAUUAAAAAGGACUGCAUAGCAUAAGCAUAAAAAAGAAAAAAAGAAAAAAAAAAAGAGGCAAAUGGUACUUAGCAUGCAAAGGAUACGGAACUAUGGAAUGAAUACAUCACCUAAAGAGAAUGGAUUAUUGAACAUCAUGAGCCUGCUCCGUCGUCAGGCAAAACAUCUACAAGUCAUGCUUAAUAGCCAAUCACUCUUAUUAGUCUUGGGUAAUGACAUGUACAUUAAUUCU